GUGCACACUCCAUACCUUGGUGGCAAAAGCCUCGUUGGUGACAACUAAAAUGUCAUGAUACUGCAGGACAGGUUGUUGCUGAGGGAGAGAUAACCUCCCUGCUACACUGGAUGGUUUCCCUGCAGUUAAUGGCAAAUGCACGAUUGGAGUCCUCCAUGGAUGGGUUCGCUAGGGUGGGGUACUUUGAGUCGAACACGCUGGCACAGGUGAUAAGGAUGUGAGGACCAUGGUCAAAGGCUUUCUCGACGCUGUGGAAGCGGGUGUGGAUGACAUUGGGGUCGAAGAUGUUGUCAUGAAUGGAGACAGUGUGAGGGGGCGAAGUGGGGGCAAACAUAGUUGAGUGGACAAAUGCGAAGUAAGAGGAGAAUGAAGGCAGAGGAAGAGGCGGGCAAAGGUUGUGGAAGAGGCAGAAAGACAAAUAAAGGCAUACAUGAAGAAGUCUCAUUGUUAAACCUUUGUGUCUUGCAAAUGCCCAUGGGUUUUCGCUAGUGCGAUCUUCGUCCAUCACCUUCACAUGCCAUGCUGUAUAUUGCGUGGUUCACAAAUAUUUGAAGUGUUGGUUAGCGGGUGGAAUGGAAAAUUGCUCCCAUGCCGACCAAUCUACUUCAAUCUGAGAAGGCUGAUGAUUCAAGAAAGUCACAUGCUGGGAUUGAGGAAGAGAUGUCGGGCAAAUCUCUUAAUUCUUCUCCCAAGGGGAUGGUCGUAGAGGAUCAGAUAUCUGGGAGAUCUAACAUUUCAUCUUGUAUUGACAAGCUUCAGCCUGAGAAUGCAUCUAAUGAAGGAAUUCCAAGUUCUCUGGAACUCAGUACCAUCCAUAUUGUUGAAGUGGGAAUUGCUCAAAGAUGUUCCGAGGCAACAAAUAAGGAUGAAGCUAGUAGUAAAUCAUCUGUUCCCAAGUCUUGCACUAUCUCAUUGCCAGAUUUUUCUAUUUUAAGUGGAGAGAUCCGCCUGGAUAAUUUCUCAAUAAGAGAAUUACAGGAAGCUUUUAGAGCUACCUUUGGGCGCCAGACUUCCGUGAAAGAUAAGUUAUGGCUGAAACGGCGGAUAGCGAUGGGGUUAACUAAUUCCUCUCAUGUUCCAGAUACUGAUUUUGUUAUCAAAGACAACAAAAUAGUUCUCAAUGAGGAAGAAAAUAGAAAGCUACAGCCAACUCAAGCCGGAUCUGGAUCCUCUUUAGACAUGCAUGUAAUAAAUGCCAGUCCUAAAAAUUUAGAAACUACUAUGAUAGGUGCAAUUUCAGAUGAACAAGUGUCUGCUAAGAGACUGAAAACACCUUCCUCAAAAGAUAAUUCAAAAGAUGAUUAUUAUCAGAUAGAGAAGUUUGUUGUCAAACGGAUGAGGAAGCCCACAAAGCGGUAUAUUGAAGAACUCUCAGAGCAUGAGGAUAUGGAAUGUGCUGUUAAAUCAUACUCUUGCUCAAAAAAUCUAGAACAUGUUUAUUCCCCUUCAAAAUCAUCAUGGGCUAUUGGUGAUGUUGAUUUCCCUAACAGAAUAUUUUCUGCAAGAUAUAUACCUCCUGCAGGAUUCAAGUUUCAGGUUCCAUUUGUACUUAGAGCCAGAAGAUGUAGACCAAGAAAGGAUUUCUCAGUUUUUACAAAGUACCAGUCCAGUGGUCUUUGUCCCACGGUAGAAGCAUCUACUAUGACUCCUGUUCAAGAAGAAAGUGGGAGUGGGAGUGGGAGCAGAUCAAGGGAAAUUAGUUCUGUUGCAGUCCAGAGUUCCAUUGCUGAGGAAGGCAUGAAAGUGGAUAAUGGCACAUUCAACUGUGAAGAAAAGACGGAUGUAGAACAUGGAAAGUUAGAUGACCAUGGCAACUCUUUUCCAGUUAAUACUAAUACGCAGCCAGCAGAACCAAAGUCUAGUGAAAGGAGGAAGCAUCACAGGGCUUGGACUCUGUGUGAGGUCCAGAAGCUAGUUGAUGGAGUGGCUAAAUAUGGCGCUGGAAGAUGGUCUGAGAUUAGAAGACUUGCAUUUGCCUCGUAUUCUUAUCGGACCCCUGUCGACCUUAAAGACAAAUGGAGGAACCUACUAAGAGCUAGCUUAUCACAGUGCUCAAUUGAAAAGGGGGAAAGGAACUCCCGGAAAUAUACUUCAGUACCAAUACCGACACCCAUUCUAUCUCAGGUGAGGGAAUUAGCAGAACUCCAUGCUCAGGCUGGUCUAAAACUCGGGACCAAGAAAUCUACAGACAAUGAAGGCAGAGCAGGCGUUCAUGAAGAAGGAUCUGGUUUUUUGUGACGCACUUUGUAAAUAAAUAAUUAAAACUAGUAUAAUGUAGUGCCAUUUAGUCACUCCUGUAUCAUAUGUAGAUUAUGUAGAGUUAACACGGUUUAUGCGUGGCAGGCAAGCCAGGAUCAUCUAGCUUCCGCUUGAGUUUAAACAAUCAUCAACUGAAGGCAAACCGCCAAAGAAUUCACUCAGAAUUGAUUCAAUGAACACUUGUACAACUUGUGCUACUCAAAGAGGUGUAAUGGAUCUAUUUAUAGAGCAUUUUUAAUUUUUUUUCAUCCGGAUUUGGGAUGGGCAUUUAA